AUGAACAGAAUUCGGAUCCAUGUUUUGCCGUCAAGCCGAGGACGCCUCACUCCUGUGCCGCGGCCGCAGGAGCCUCUGUCAUGUGCUUUCACCCACCGCCAGUGCUCCCAGCCGCGGCUGGAGGGGCAGGAGUUCUGUAUUAAGCACAUUCUCGAAGACAGGAGCGCCCCUUUCAAGCAGUGCAGCUACGUUUCAACAAAGAAUGGAAAGCGGUGUCCCAACGCUGCGCCCAAACCAGAGAAGAAGGAUGGCGCGUCGUUCUGUGCGGAGCACGCCCGUAGGAACACUCUGGCGCUCCAAGCUCAGAUGAAGAAGUCCAAUCCUGGGCCUGUAAGCGAGACUCUCCUUUGCCAGCUUAGCUCUUACGCCAAAACAGAGCUGGGCUCCCAGACCGCAGAGAGCAGCCGCAGCGAAGCCAGUCGGAUCCUAGAUGAGGACAGCUGGAGCGAUGGCGAGCAGGACCCUAUCACAGUGGACCAGACGUGGCGAGGAGACCCAGACAGCGAGGCUGACAGCAUCGAUAGCGACCAGGAGGAUCCCUUGAAGCAUGCUGGCGUAUACACGGCUGAGGAGGUGGCGUUGAUCAUGCGAGAGAAGCUGAUCCGCCUGCAGUCUCUCUACAUUGACCAGUUCAAACGACUCCAGCACCUUCUGAAGGAGAAGAAGCGCCGAUACCUGCACAGCUGCAAGGGAGAACACGAGGCCCUAGGCAACAGCCUUCUGACGGGCCCGGAGGGGCUGAUGGCCAAGGAGCGUGAGAACCUGAAGCGCCUGAAGUGCCUGCGCCGCUACCGGCAGCGCUACGGCGUGGAGGCCCUGCUCCACCGGCAGCUGAAGGAGCGCAGGAUGCUGGCGACCGACGGCGCUGCCCAGCAGGCGCACACCACCCGCUCCAGCCAGAGGUGCUUGGCCUUUGUCGACGACGUCCGAUGCUCCAACCAGUCCCUCCCGAUGACCAGGCACUGCCUUAUGCACAUCUGCCAGGACACUAACCAGACUCUCUUUAAACCGUGUCAAGGCUCCGAGGAGGUGCCCUGCAACAAACCGGUUCCCGUGAGCCUUUCCGAGGAUCCGUGCUGCCCGCUCCAUCUCCGCUUGCCUCCGCAGAUGUACGUCCCCGAGCAGGCGCUGGCCGUCCCCGAGGAGCUGGAAGCUGCCCCCACGGACCUGUACUUGAGCGCCGCUGAGCUCCAGCCCACGGAGAGCUUGCCCCUGGAGUUCAGCGAUGACUUGGACGUGGUGGGCGAUGGCAUGCAGUGUCCCCCGUCCCCUCUGCUCUUCGAUCCUUCCGUGGCCCUCGAUCAGUCCCUCAGAGACGUUGCCGAGGCCCCCAUAGACAUACUGGCCCUGGAGGAGCCCUCCCACCCAGGCCUCGCUCCGCAGACGGCGCCGAUGGAGAGAGGAGGCUCCUCUGCCCACGUCUUCUCCCCGGCCGCCGAGCCCCCGGCCGAGCUGCCUGCGCAGGUGACACCGCGGAGGGACGGGGCUGGGGGCGUCCCGAGCGAGGCGGAGAACUCGGCCCUGGCCCAGGCCAACGAGAACCAGCGGGAGACGUACGAGCGCUGCCUGGACGAGGUUGCCAACCACGUGGUGCAGGCGCUGCUCAACCAGAAGGCCGCCCGCAGCCCCCACGGCAGCCCCACCAAGCUGCCCACCAAAGCGGGCGCCGGCAAAGCCGGGACGCCACGGGGUGAGGAGCCGGUGGGCGCCAAGGCGGCGGGGGUCCCCCGCAAAACACCACCGGCCCCCGAGCCUCCCGGCACGGGGCCACCACCAGGCGCUGCCGGACACUCGGCCAUCGAGGAGAAGGUGAUGAAGGGCAUCGAGGAGAACGUGCUGCGGCUGCAGGGGCAGGAGCGGGCGCCGGCGGGCGAAGCCAAGGGGAAGGCGGCUGGCGG